AAACGUACCAAAUAUAUACCCGUCUAGGCACGCAUCAGCUCGUCUCCAUCAAUGCAUAUAAACCGUUAGCGUUAAACGACGAUCAGACCGGUCUUGAAUAUGUCGCAGCCUACAAAGACACCGCCCAACCACAGCAACAACAACAACAACAACAGCCACACAUUUUCGACCUUGUGAAUCGAGCGUAUUUCUACAUGCGCCGUACCGGUAAUGAUCAAGGAAUUCUGUGGUGAAUCGGGCAGUGGCAAGACCCAGAUCCGAAAUUUGAUUAUCCGCCAUUUGGUGCGACUGAGCAGCCAUAAAAAGGAAACCAAGGUUCAAGCUCAACUUGUGCAUUCGCAAGCCAUUCUCGACUGCUUUGGCAGCGCUGCCACCCACCAAAACAAGGAUGCAUCGCGCUACGGCUACUACGCUGAGGUCCAGUUCAGCGAGCGAGGCCGCAUGAUUGGCGCCAAAAUAAUCCACCAUUUUCUUGAAAAGUCGCGCCUGACUUCAUCGUCCGACGCCAAUUUCCAGGUAUUUUACCAUCUCGUCCGCGGCGCUUCCGACGACGAGCGCCAGCAACUGCAGCUUCAAGACGAAUUCAACUACUUGCGCCACUACCAGCAGAGGGUGUCCGAACAGGACAACCUCGUGGAUCUGAAAUCUGCCUUGAAACUCGCCGGCUUCCGUCGCGAACAUAUUUCCCGCAUCCUGCAGCUCCUGGCAGCCAUUCUGCAUCUCGGCAACCUGUCAUUCGUUGACCCUGGCGGUGUCAAUAACCAAGACGCCGCCUAUGUCAAAAACACAGACAUUCUGGACCUCGUCGCAGACUUUUUGGGUGUCGAUCCGCGUGCUUUGGAGAACGUGCUGGUGUUCAAGACCGCCAUGAUCCGUAAGGAUGUCACGACACUCAUCCUCAAUGCAGAGCAGGCCUCGCUGCAGCGGGACGAGUUGGCACGCACCCUUUACUCGCUUUUGUUUGCCUGGAUUGUCGAGCGAGUCAACAGCAAGCUGUGCGCCGAAAAAUUCAACAGUUUUAUCGGUAUUGUGGAUUUACCUGGCUAUACGCAACCUCCCGCACAGCAGCAGCAGGCGAGCAAGUUCCAUUCGUUGGUGGUCAAUCUAGCAGCGGAACGUAUCCACGGAUUCAUGACCAGCCAACUCUUUGCAACAGACGUGUACGACCAAGAAGGCAUUUCGGUGCCACAUGUCACACCGCGCUACCAGGCUGCCAAUGUCCAUGACUUCCUCUACCGGCCGUCACGUGGCGUGUGCUCCCUCGUCCACAGCAUGUCCGAAAAUGUGCGCAAGGGCAAGAAGCAAUUAACGGAUGCCGACCUUGUCGACUCGCUCAUCAAGUACAACAGCAACAGCGCGUAUUUCUCAUCGUCCAAUGCACCUGGCAGCCAGCAGCGACAGUUUGCUAUCCAGCAUUUCCAGGGCAACGUCACGUACGAUCCCAACGGCUUCCUGGAGGCCAACAGUGACCAGGUCUUGGUCGACUUUGUGUCCCUGUUUCGCGGCGGUCCGGGUAUGCCCGCCUCCUGGAAUGCCUUUUUGGUUGAAUUGUGGGACAAGAAUUUGGCAACACAGAGCCACCCCAAGGACCAGGAUGCGGUCGUGUCGGCCCAGCAGAAGCCCAUGCGUCAGCCAUCCAUGCGUCAAAGCGUACGAAGAACCGCCAAACAGCAACAGCAGCAACAAAAGGAAGAAGCUGCCACCAGUGUCCUUGGCAAUCUUCAAGUCUCCAUGGACGAGCUGUUUGGUACACUCGAAGAAGCCAAGAUAUGGACCGUCUACUGUUUGCGGCCCAACGAGUCUCAGACUGCUGCUCAAGCCGAUUCUCGAUGUCUUUCACGGCAAGUCGCAGCCUUUGGCCUGGCUGAUGUCGCUCAACAGACUGCAGCGCAGUAUGGCGUUGCGUAUACCCAUGAAGAGUUCUUGGAGCGAUAUGCUGCCGUUCUCAACGGUGAACCAGAUCGAUUACCACGCGCUCAAACUGAAUCGGUUGUACAACAGAUGGGUUGGACAGCUACUGAUGCAGCUGUCGGAUCCACAAAGAUCUUUUUAGGCGAUGCUGCAUGGCGUGUGAUGGAAGACCAGCUGCGGGUGCUGGAAAAAGAUGAACAACGACGCAACAAGGAUGCAAGCAAAGUUGCGGCAGGAGGAGCUAUAGCAGGAGCAGGAGCAGCGGCAGCCAUGGAGGACGAUGAGCUCAUGUACGAUGACACACCACCAAUGACGCGCGAUGGCCACGACCCCGAAGAGUCACUCUUGCAGCGUGACAUGUCGCGCCAGUCUGGCUCAGAUUUUAACCUCAUGGGCCCUACCGGUCUGCCCCCACCGCCUGUGGGUCGGUUCCAGCAACAAGACGAUCAGCGCUCGUUCUAUUCCGACGACGAAUACUACUACCAUGACAACUCAAGCCGCGGAGGAGGUGGUUACCGAGACCACGACGACUCUGUGUACGGUUCCGAAUCGUAUGGCCAGGAAAACAUGAUGCUGCGACCUACGGCACCGGUCAUGGAAAAGGAAAACCUGGACGAAACCGAAGAAGAUGAAUCACAGCAGUCGGGCCAACGCAAGAGAUGGUUGUUUUUCGUGUGGGCAGUGACGUGGUGGAUCCCAUCCAAGUUUUUGAUCUGGUGCGGCCGCAUGAAGCGCAAGGAUGUCCGCAUUGCGUGGCGCGAAAAGGUGGCGCUGUGUAUGAUUAUUGUAUUUCUCUGUGCUUUCAUUAUCUGGUUCCUGGUCUUUUUCGGCGAAAUCGUGUGUCCUCAUCAGGCCGUGUUCUCGGAAAGCGAGUUGCAGAGCUACAGCGAAAAGGAAAAGUCAUAUGUGUCAAUCCGUGGCGAGGUGUUUGACCUGACCAAUUACGCCCCACGCCACUAUGUAAGCAACAUUAUUCCAACCGAUACGGUGCUUGAAUACGGUGGCACCGACGUCACCGACCUGUUCCCUGUUCAGGUGUCUGCCUUGUGCGAAGGCACCACUGGCUCCGUUUCCGAAUACGUGUCGCUCAACUACCAGGUCAACUUGACGGACGACAAUGCCCAAUAUCACGACUUCCGCUAUUCUUCGGGCACCUAUCAACCAGAUUGGUACUAUCAGAAGAUCACCAUGCUGCGACAAAACUACAAACUGGGACACAUGGGCUACGAACCAAAGGCCAUCAGUGACCAGGCAUCUAGCGAGACCACAGUGCACGGUGUGCGCACGACGCGCAAGUGGGCUAUCAUUGACGAACACGUUUACGAUUUGACGCAGUACGACAUGGGCGGUCGCUAUGUAGCUGCUCCUCCCAACGAACAAGCGCCUGGCAACAUUGACCUCAACUUUAUGGACCAGGCAGUGGUGAAUCUGUUCCGACAGAAGAGCGGUGAGGACAUUUCUGAAGAUUGGCGAAACCUGAACAUGGAUGCAGCGGCCAAACAGCGACAACUUGUGUGCUUGCGCAACCUGUUCUUUGUCGGUAUGGUCGACGGGCGUAACUCGGCAAAGUGUCAGUUCUCGACGUACCUGCUGCUGAUUGUGACCUGCUUGCUCUGUGCCGUCAUUGUUUUCAAGUUCUUGGCCGCCUUCCGUCUUGGCAGCGCGCGUGUACCUGAAGAACUCGACAAGUUUAUCAUCACCCAAGUCACCUGUUACACCGAAGACGAGGAAUCACUGCGGAAAACGAUCGAUUCGAUUGCCACCUUGCGAUACGACGACAAGCGCAAGCUUUUGUUUGUCAUUUGCGACGGCAUGAUUGUCGGUAGUGGAAACGACAAGCCCACGCCACGAAUUGUCUUGGAUAUCCUGGGCGUCGAUCCGCAAGUUGAUCCCGAACCAUUGUCGUUUGUUUCGGUCGGCGAAGGUCAAAAGCAGCACAACAUGGGCAAGAUUUACUCUGGUCUGUACGAAACAUCCGGUCACGUCGUCCCCUAUCUGGUCGUCGUCAAGUGCGGCAAGCCUACGGAGCGUUCCAAGCCCGGCAAUCGAGGCAAGCGUGACUCGCAGUUGAUCCUGAUGCAGUUCUUGAACCGCGUCCACUUUGAUGCGCCCAUGACACCUUUGCAGCUCGAAAUUUAUCAUCAAAUGAAGAACGUCAUUGGUGUCAGUCCGUCGCUCUACGAGUAUGUGCUGAUGGUGGAUGCCGAUACCGAAGUCAUGCCCGACGGAAUGACGUACCUGGCUUCGUCCAUGGCGCACGACUCCAAGAUCAUUGGCGUUUGCGGUGAAACGAACCUGUCGAACGAAAAAGCGACGUGGACGACGAUGAUUCAAGUGUACGAGUACUUUAUUUCCCAUCACAUGAUCAAGGCUUUCGAAUCGCUGUUCUCGACUGUGACCUGUUUGCCCGGCUGUUUUACCAUGUAUCGUAUCCGCACAGUGGAUGGCAGGCGCCCAUUGUUCUGCAGCAACGACAUCAUCAACGACUAUCAAAUUAACAAGGUCGACACGUUACACAAAAAGAAUUUGCUGCAUUUGGGUGAAGAUCGAUACCUGACGACGCUGCUGCUGAAGCACUUUCCCAACUUCAAGACCAAGUUUGCGGCCGAUGCUCAAUGCCAGACCAAUGCUCCGGACAUGUGGAGCGUGCUGGUGUCUCAACGUCGACGAUGGAUCAACUCUACGAUCCACAACCUCGGCGAGCUGGCGUUCCUGCCCCGUCUGUGCGGUUUCUGCUGUUUCUCGAUGCGUUUCAUUGUCAUGCUCGACCUUAUCAGUACCUUGGUGAUGCCAGCCAUCGUUGGCUACCUCGGCUACCUGAUCUACAAACUGACCCAGCUUGAAAACACGGUGCCGUACCUUACUAUCAUUGUGUUGGCUGGUACCUACGGCUUGCAGGCUUUAUUGUUUAUUGUUAAGCGACGAUGGGAGUACAUUCUGUGGAUGUUGGUGUCGAUUCUGGCCAUUCCGGUGUUUUGGUUCUACAUUCCUCUGUAUUCGUACUGGCACUUUGAUGACUUCUCGUGGGGUAACACGCGUGUGGUCGUAGGUGAGAAGGGCAAGAAGAUCCAGACUGUUGACGAGGGCGAGUUUGAUCCAAAGUCGAUUCCAACCAUGACCUGGUCGCAGUACGAAAAGAUGCUUCUGGCGGAUGACUACUGGAGCGACGGUAUGUCUCAAGGCAGCAGCAGUCGAAGCAGCUUCACACAUCGCAGCCGCGCAAGAGGUGCCAGUGGUGCUGCUACGCCAAUGAACGAAAGUGUGUAUGGCGGCGCACCGAUGAACGACACUAUGAGCAUGUAUACCCACAGCAUGAUGAUGAACAAUAACAGUCCAAGCAACAACAACAACAUCAACAAUCCACCGUCUCAAGCGGGCUUUUAUGCAGACGGAAAUAGCGUCAUGAUGCCUUCGUCUGCAUCGAUACCCAUGAUGCCGUACACCACGUCACAGCCGCACAUGCGUUCGUCGAUGGUUUCGCAGCAGAUGCCUCAGCAGCGGCCGUCCAUGAUGGCGUCGUCGUCAUCGUUCAUGAUGCAGCCACCUCCUCCUCCGGCGUCCGUGCACGGAAGCAGUCAAUCGCUCCUGAUGGAAGACUUCAACAACUACAGCGGACCGUCGAACGAGGAGAUUUUGGCCGAGGUGAAGCAGAUCCUUGCGGCGGCAGACUUGACCAAGGUGACCAAGAAGCAGGUCCGUGAGGAGUUGCAGGCGGUGUUUGGAGUCUCCAUGGCGGGCCGAAAGGACUAUAUUAAUGCAUGCAUUGAAAAUGUACUACAAGGGCGCAUGUAACAUUCUUCUUCCUCUUCCUCUUCUUCCUUUAUACUAGUUUUCCCUUCAUUCUUUCUCCCUUUUGUGUAUUUAUUCUUCUUCUUCUUCUUCCUUGUUCAUCUCUCUCUCUUCGCUCUCACUUACUCAAUUCACUCAAGCACGACGUAUCUCAUCACAUAUACUAUUAAAAAUCACUUUUCUUUUAUUGAGACCAUCUAUGUGACGUCUACGGGCAAGCCUCCUCGGAAAGCGCUUGGCGACAAGCGUCGUGAUUUCUUCUUUUGCUGGUCCUGGU